UGACCGACGUGCAGGGCUCAAAGAAGUGCAUCGGCCGCUCGGUGCACUCGUCGUCCUGGAAGAAGAGCGUUAGCUUGGAGACGGAGCUCGAUGAGGGCGAGUAUGUCGUGCAUGUGAGUGUCCACUCGCUUUCCUACUGACAGUUGUCCAUUGCUGAUGAUAUCGCUACUCCUCUCAGGCUCGCGCGGAUAGGAUGCUCUCGCGCGGCAAGACUUACAUCAAGGACAACGUGGACAGCUGGGAGCCAGGGAAGUUGUCGAAGGUGAUUGCGGAGCGGGAGAAGAGCUUCGCGCUGGCGAGUAAUUACACCCCUAGCGUCAGGAGCCUCGUCAUUCUCGAAGACAUACUCGCAGGGCAAGACAUAGCCACUCUCGAGGAGAAAGCAACGAAGCCGCCUCCUCCAGUUGUCGUCAGCACCAAGACGACCACCAUCACCAAGACCAGCUCUGGUGAGACCAUCGAGACGACGACUACGCACACGGAAGAGAUCCCGCAAGCGCCCCCGCCUCCUCCGGACGAUUCGGACGCAGACUCCAUCGCGCCAGGUCAGGAGCGGACUUCCAAUCCACCGGUAGACAUUUACUCGGAUGAGGUUCCGCUGGUGCUUGGAUUGAAGGUGUACACGGAUAAGAGCGCGCCGGCUUGGGUUGAGGGGCAGGUGCGUCGUUUGACCCCUUCGGUCUUAAGCAAGCAGGAGUUGGCGCUGGGCGGAGAGGACUAAGGCUGCAGUCGAUCGUGAAGGUCGCCAUAGGACUUGCAUUGUAAUACCAUAGUCGUUGUAUUAAUCUGAGAAUCCACUCUUUACUAUGA